AUGAUCGCCCACCCGGUCAAAUCCACCAAAUUCGAUUGCGUUCAAAAAGUGCUAGAUGAUGUUUUUGAAAAGGAAGGCUACCCAAAAGCUGUGAGGACCGACAAUGGACCUCCCUUUAACAGCUCCGAAUUUUCAGAAUUUUGCAAAAAACGGGAUAUUGCACUAUCCUUUUCGACACCUCUCUUCCCGCAGCAGAAUGGGCUUGCGGAAAGCUGUAUGAAAUUGGUGAAUAAAGCCAUGGCCACAGCAACUGCAAACAAUACCAAUUACAUCGACGAACUGAAGAGCGCAAUCAACGCCCACAACGCCGCUGAACACAGCGUGACAACCGUCCCACCCGAGGAAGUCAUGUACGGUCGGAGGAUUAAGCGAGGAUUACCCUUGAUUCAACGUGGCAAGUCAAACUUCUCCGAAGCACAGCUAGAACACAGGGACCGCGAGGAAAAAUUGGCAGGAAAACGUCGAGAAGACGAACGACGCGGGGCUCGAAAGUGCAGAGUUUCACCUGGGGACGAUGUAGUAAUUGAACGGCAAAAUCGCGUCAAAGGAGAGUCACGCUUUUCGCCCACAAGGUAUACAGUGGUCGAACAACGAAACGGAAGUUUGGUGCUCAAUACCAACGAGGGGAAAACAACAAAGCGGCAUGUGUCACAGACAAAGAAGGUUAAUCAGUGGCGAGAUUCACACAGCAAAGCAGCAACCAUCACUAACAGUAAAACAAAUUCAAACGACGAAAGUACCAGCGCAUACGCAACGGGUACACCGAGCGGUACACAAGUACACCGACCUUUACGCGACAAGAAAGCACCCGCUUUCCUGAGUGAUUACGUUCGGUUGAUUGACAAGGACUAG